AUGUAUAAUAUAUUUUAUUUAAGUGAAAUUGAGGCUGCUAUAAAUAAUAUUAAUAAUAAUAUUACUACAAUUACAAAUCCACAAUUGGGAGAGAAUGAGGAUAGUCAAAAACUAGAAAAUAAGCCAACAACAAAGAAGGCUGGAAUAAGCGAUAUUUUGACAGUUUCUUGGUUGAGAACAGUACUUUUAGUUGGUAUUGCUGUAGCUAUUACACAGCAAGCAUAUGGAGUUGCUAUUGGAAUGCUUUAUGGGACUGAAGUGCUCCGAGAAGCAGGGCUGGAUACGAAAAUGGCUUUAAUUGCUAAUAUUGGAAUUGGGUUGGUUUCAUUUCUGGCUUCUUGGGCUGGUCUUUUAGUAGUUUCUAGAGUUGGGCGACGUUCACUUCUCAUUUUCGGCCAAAUAGGCACUUUAUCAGCACAUUUAGCUAUUGUUGUAUGCUCAGCAAUUUUGCCUUAUGGAACAGCUCGUGGUUGGGCUACUUUUGGCCUUUUACUCCCUUUCUUAGCAUUCUCACAGGGGGCUAUAUCUACAGUCACUUGGUUUUUACAAUCUUCGAAAUUUUUUAAAAUUAUUUUAAGGUUAAUGUCAGCAGAAAUAUUUCCUUUAAGUAUGCGCGGUAUUGGUACAGGUAUUUGUAUGUUAUCUGCAUGGACAACUGCUUGUACUAUUAGUCAAUUAUUUCCUGUAAGUAUAACCUUCCGGAAGAAAUAUAAUAAACCAGAAUUCAUAACUUUCCGAAAAAUAUAA